AUAUACACUACUCUCUGUGCUAAAGCUGAACCUUCCCUGUCCUUCCGCUCGUGGCGAACGUCUCGGAGGAAACCUGUAGGCGUGGACCAGACCGCCUUAUAAGCGUACAACAUGUCCUUGGAGGAACCAGUAGUUGUUUCAAGUGCCGCAUUGGAUCUAACCUAUGUGUUAUACAAUGACUCUUCGGUGCUCUCACAUAUCCUAGCGCUGCUGACGCUAACACCUAUACUUUUGAAUCCUGCCUACGCUGCUCUGGCGGUAUGGACGCGAGAGCUGCUCUUCUUCGAGAUGUGGGCCGGGCAGAUGCUCUGCGAGUGCUUCAACUAUGUGCUAAAGCAUAUUAUUCAAGAAGAACGUCCGAACCAGAACCUGGGCGAUGGAUAUGGGUUCCCGUCAUCGCAUUCCCAAUGGAUGGGCUACUUCGCUAGCUUCUUGAUCUUGCAUUUCACCCUUCGGCAUCGCUGGACCCCAACGGGGUUCCGGACUCUCGACCUUGCGCGCGACGUGUUCUUGUAUGCGUUUAUCCUGGCGUGGGCGGGUGCGGUAGCGUUUUCACGGUACUACCUUUCAUACCACAGUAUUCCUCAAGUCCUGUGGGGCUUCGGUAUUGGCGUCGCCUUUGGCACAACAUACUAUAUGCUCGUCGAACACAUCCCCACGCGUCGGCCAAACUCGCUCCUGGGCGAGUUCCGCACGGCGCUGCUUGCAAACCCCGUGUCUACCUGGUUCCGCAUACGGGAUGGGUGGUUGGUCUGGCCUGAUAGCGGAACGGAGGCGCAAUGGCUGCGGUGGAGGGAGGAGUGGAAUAGGCAACGGCUGGACGCAAAGAGAAGGGACGCCAAGGCGCAGUGAACGCCACUGAACUUUCGUCCGGGACCCUGCGACGCACGCGCGGUGGUGACAUGCCGCUGUUGGAAAUGUCAUUCGUAGUCUUGGGACCCCGUUCCGGAUGCC